AUGGAUAGAGAGCUAGGAAUGUAUGGUAAUGAUAGAAGUAGGUCAAGAUCACCUGUACGUCGUCGUUUGAGCGAUGAAAGGGACAGAUAUGCCGAUUAUAACGAUGGUAACAGUAGCGGUGGGAAUAGUAAUCGCCGUCACAGGCGUGAUCGAGGCUCCCGUUUUAAUGAUCGCUACGAUCAAAGUUACGGCGGCAGUCGUUAUCACGAUGAUAGGGACUGGCCUCCUCGCCGAGGAGGCCGUGGUGGAAGAGGAGGAAGCAGAUCAUUUAGAGGGGGACGCGGUGGCGGUAGGGGACGUACUUUAGGCCCAAUUGUUGAAAGGGACUUAGAAAGGCAAUUUGACGCCACCAAGAGAAAUUUUGAAAACAGCAUUUUUGUGAGAAAUUUAACCUUCAAUUGUACCCCUGAAGACCUUAAAGAAUUGUUCGGCACAGUAGGUGAAAUUGUGGAAGCUGAUAUCAUUACUUCAAAGGGCCAUCAUCGUGGUAUGGGGACUGUGGAAUUUACCAACAAUGAAGCUGUUCAAGACGCCAUAUCGAAAUUUGAUGGGGCACUUUUUAUGGAUCGUAAACUUAUGGUAAGACAGGAUAAUCCUCCCCCUGAAGCUGCCAGGGAAUUUUCUAAGAAAGCCACCAAGGAAGAAAUAGAUAAUGGGUUUGAAGUAUUCAUCAUUAAUUUACCGUAUUCUAUAAAUUGGCAGUCUUUAAAGGAUAUGUUCAAGGAAUGUGGUCAUGUAUUACGUGCCGAUGUAGAAUUGGAUUUCAAUGGAUUUUCCAGAGGAUUCGGAUCUGUCAUCUACCCGACAGAGGAUGAAAUGAUAAGAGCUAUCGACACAUUCAACGGAAUGGAAGUGGAAGGUAGAGUUUUGGAAGUCAGAGAAGGCCGUUUUAACAAGAGAAAAGACAAUGAUCGUUAUAACCAGAAACGUGAAGACCUUGAAGAAGCAAGAGACGUUAAACCAGAUCUUGUACAAGAUACCACCGCCCACAUUGAUGAAACAGCAGCAAAAUUCACUGAGGGUGUCAAUCCAGGAGGGGAUAGGAACUGUUUCAUUUAUUGUAGUAAUUUACCAUUCUCGACAGCAAGAAGCGAUUUAUUUGACCUAUUUGGACCCAUCGGUAAAAUAAAUAACGCAGAAUUGAAGCCACAGGAUAAUGGCCAACCGACUGGCAUUGCUGUUGUAGAAUAUGAAAAUUUAGUAGAUGCAGAUUUUUGUAUUCAGAAAUUAAAUAAUUAUAAUUAUGGUGGUUGCAGCUUACAGAUCUCUUAUGCUAGACGUGACUAA